AUGGAGCGUUGGUCCCAACUACAGGAGAUGGUGAUCGGCGGGGAUGCCCGAGCUGAUGAGAUCUGCCAGCUGCUGACGAACGAGGCCGACACGGACCUGCGCAGGUCGGUGCUCCUGCAGCGACUCGUGGACGUGCUUGGAGAGGGCUUCACUCCGUUGAGUGCACAGAUGCAGCUGCAGUGGAUGCUGUUGGAGGACGCCGUCGCCUCCGGUGACUCGACAGCGACACACUUGCUCAGUUUUCUGGCAAGUGCACGGGGGUCCCCUGUGGUCGCUCUGGCUCGCCUGACAAAGGGCGUGGGUGUCAAGGAUUGGCGCAACAUCUCGCCAGGAGUGGCGGAGUUGAUGCGCGAUGUGCCGGAGGCGGUCGAAGUCUAUGACGACAAUUCCGAGGAGGAGGAACAGGGUGUGGUGGCGUGCCCGUGGACAGAACAGGCUGAGGCCGCGGAGUUGGAGGCGGCGGCAAAUAUCUCGCACGACUUCGUCGACGAGGAUCCGAUUGUGGAGCAGCCUGAUGACGAUCACCUGGACGAGCAGGCGGAUGCGAACGAGGAGGUGCCCCAAAUCCUCUUCGACAGGGUCAACCCGGUGGCAGUCAAAGAGAUUGGCAAGCGUGUUCUCAGCAAGGUCUUCAGGACAGGCAACGGGAACGGCCCGACGGUGAAGCGCAUCUGUGGAGAUAUCCUGGCACAGUGCACACGUGGGAAGGUGGCCGGGGCGAGGUGCUUUCGCACUACGUACAGGGAGGAGAAGGGGAUGGUCGCCAUCGGCAAAAAAGGCAGGCGUUUCUCCGGUCACCCGAAUUGGCUCCGGUCACUGCUUCGCUCGGGACUACCGGGGCAUUUCGUCUUUGACUUGGAGAACUGCCACUUGGCAGUGCUGCGCGAACGCCAUCAGCCAGCGGCCGACUCGGCGCUGGAGACAUACUUCCAGGACAGGGAGCGCAUCCUCCGCGACACACAUGCGGACCGCACCGUGGCCAAACAGCUCUUCCUGCGUCUUCUGUACGGUGGGUCGAUCUUGGCCUGGAAGCGCACGCACCGACUUGGGGAGUUCGCGACAGAGCAGUUUGCCGAGCGGUUCGCAGCAGAGAUGGCUGCCAUGCGGCAGGCUGAUUGCCAGAACCACACCCAGCUACUUGCCCAGCUGCGGCAACGGACGGCGCGCCCCGUGGAGAAGGCGAGUGAGAAGAUUCUGAUCCGCGACUUGACGGACUACCACAUCGAAUGGACCACCUCGGAACAGGAUGCAGGGUUUCGGAGCAACACUCGCUGGGAGUUCACUGGCCAGACUUUCCAGAACGGCGUUGCCAACUGGCUGAAAUCGAAUCUGGGAGAGUCCUCCGCUGCCUUCGAUGUGGACGGAGAGUCCUGCCGCAAGUACUUGAACUUCUCCGGCAAAGUGCUGAACAGUGAGACGCUGGAGUGGUCUCCCAUCAGCCCCGCAUUCAAAAUCACCCGCAGCACUAACUGGGAGCAUCAAUGGCCUGCCUGGUGGUCCACGGAGGUUUGCGCCGAGCUCUACGCCGUUCUGGCCGAGGUGCGUCGUCAGCAGGAGGAUGCGGAGAAGAGGGGGGUGGAAUACACCCUCGGUGAGCAGGUGAAAGCCCGCCUUGACGCCCUGUGCAAGAAGAUCCCUGCGUUGCAGGUGGUGCACGCCUGGACGGUGGAUGACUGGGAGUCCACAUUGUUUGAGCUGUCGCUGCUCGUGAAGCGGCAGCCCUGUGGACCAGGGGCCCGCGUUCUCCCGGUACAGGAUCUCAUGGUCGGCCUGCUAGGCCGUUCCGCCUCCAACUCCGUCCAGACCCGGGAACGGACCAACGUUGUGGAGCAUGUGUCGGUGUUCCACGACCAUCCCGUGGAAGCGAACCACGCACAGUGGAAGGACAUUGAGGCCACGCUGGAGACAUCCGAGGGCAAGGCAGAGUACUUCGCCCUGUUUUACGCCGAGGUGCACAAGGCGUUGCAUGCCUUUGUCGAGAGAAACGCGCCGGUGGAGGACGGCAGGCGCCGCGAAGUCCGGUGCGGCGAGCUCCUGAAGCAACUGGGCGUCCUGGAGAGGGGACGCAGCGGCGCCACGCUGGACGGCCGCCGCAAAAACACCUACUAUUUGAUCUACAUCUUCCCGAAGACGGACGGCUCCAAGGACAGUGAGGCCAGCUUCGUUCGCUUGGUGAGUGGCGCAGAGCCUGCAGUUGGAGGCGGCAACUGA